AUGGCAACAGAGCGCUCUCUAGCGACUCUAUUGCGAUCGCUACAGAUCGCCUCGGAGCCUCAAGAUGCCUUAGCUCUACUCCCAACAUCAACCAGUUUCCUUGCCAUACUCACGAAUCAUUUAAAUGUAACUCUACUAUCAUCCCAACUUCUUUCCUCACCAGCUAUAUGGGACCAUACCGUCGACCUACACACUUGCCGCCGAAUCCUCGGCGUAUUCAACACUGCCGCAAUCGGCAUCCUACAAAACGAGGCAUCCGACGAACCUCGCGCUCCGUAUACAAGACGUGGUCUUGACCGAGAAGCAUGGGUCAAAGCUGUGAUCAAUGGUGCAGACGAAAAAUCCCCACGGUGGCGACAUGUGCUUCUUCUCGGUGGUGUGUUGCUCGGAUUCGAGGGACAGAAUAGACAGGGCCUGCCACGGAAUUUGAGAAAUAAAGUUGAAUCUGCACUUGUGCGAGCGACGCAAUUGGCCCUUGAUGAAAAUAUUGGUCUCGAUGGGAUUGGUGGGUAUGCGAUUACUAUGGUGCUUAAUUAUACGUUUGAGCUUCUUUCGGAUUGGCAUCGGAGUCAGAUCAAUUAUGAUCGAGUGUUACCACUUAUGAUCCAGGCAACACUCUUCUCGAACGAGGGACUUGGCAGCGCAUAUUUUCUGGGUGCCAUUGAUCAUGAGAUUGUCGAAGGUGGAGUGUCGAAGAAAUUCGGCUGGUCUGCGACUUCGACCUCGUACCAGAACGUCAAGGAUAUAUCUUCUCGACCGCUGAUAGCGUCGUUGGGACCAUUGUCACGACUGAUAGCACAUGUCAUGGAGAACGUGACCAAUCCGAAUAUUGUCUCUGAUGGAAUGAGUUCUAUCAACGACUUUGUCCGGAUAUUGCUUGUCCAAUGGCGCCAAAACAAGUUGUCUGAAGUCGACCCUUCUGAAGAGACGGAAUUUUUGGAUGCAGAGUCUUUGAAAACUACGAUACCGGACUUGUGGCGAUUACUUCGGUCGAUUAUGUUUUCGGCUGUUAUAAUUUUGCGAGCUGUGUUGGGCCGAGUGCUGAACGAUAGGGUGCUAGCUGCUGGCAGUGUUGCACCUUUCAUCGCGGUACAAUCAUUACAUAUUCUACGAAAUUUAUAUUUCAUCACAUCCCGCACAGGACAAAGCUCCUCAUCGCAAUACUCAUUCGUGAACCUUGUCGCAAUCGAUAUUUUAGCUCAAUACCCCGAACUCACCGAGAACUUCCUCCGAACCAUCAAACCCAUUGAAAUGGGCCAAAUUCCUCCCCAUCCUCUCGAGCGGUGUCUCGAUCUCUUCUUCCUAAACACAUCCGAGCAUUUCGCAUUAACGCUACCUCCCCUCGCGAACGAGGAACUGAUUAUCGCCGCUGCAACACCAUAUCUCGCCGCGGGAGGGAAUAAUCAUCUUUUAGAGAUUUUUGAAGCAGCGCAUAGUGUCGUGUUGGCCGUUUUCUCGGCGCCACAGAAUGUGGAUAUCACUGCCAAACAUUUACCGUUUUAUGUCGAUAAUCUCUUCGCAGUAUACCCUCAAAACCUAUCAGUUCGCCAAUUUCGGCUUGCAUUCAAAUCCGUCGUUCGUAUCGCCGCACCACCAUCUCCUUUAUCCAAUACCCAACCCCUUCUCGCCGCCACACUCCUUGAACUCGCGCACGAACGCGCUUUGACAUCUUCCUCAACUCUCCUCCCGCCAUCAUCAACAUCCGUUGAAACCACCUUGGAACAUCCACCCCCUCCUUUAUCCGAAAAAUCAGGCAUAAUCCUUGCCAUGAUCGAUUCUUUCCCCAGUUUAAUGAUUGAAGAUCUCGAAGAAUUCUUGCCGCUGAUUGCGCGGCUCAUUCAUACUCUACGCCCUGAUUCCGAAGAAAGCAUUAAGAGGAUAUGCAUUGAGCGGUUCUGGGAGGUGUUGAGUAAUGGAGAGAUGGAUGUGGAGAGGGCGAAUUUUUGUGUGAUUUGGUGGAGUACGAGGGGUGGGAGGGAACUUUUGCUUUUUGGUGAGAAUCAUCAGAUUGAAUCUGGAGAUUCAGAUGGUGGACAACCGCAAGAAGAGGAGGUUGUUAUGAGUGGUGGGAUUGUGGAUGUUGUCCCUCGGGAGAGUAAGUUGUGA